UCUGUGCCUUUAUUUUGUUAUGGAUAAAAUAGGAAUAAAGGGGGAAGCGCAUCUGGGUUGUUGAGCAGUGGGAUGCUGAGCUCUGAACAUCCCACACCCAGCCACAUCCCAUGGCCACCUCCUCCCUGGCAGCAUCCCCAGGGCAGUGACGUGGCCCCAGCUGGGCGGUCCCGUUGCUUUGGGAACAAGAAUGGCAACAACCCGGCAGUGCUGAGUUUGGGACUGGAGUGUGAGUGCCUCCAUAGGGUGAGGAGAGUGGUCCUGGGGGGGCUGUGAGGGCCCUGCAGUGAGGUGGUGAUAGCUGUGUCCCUUCCUUUGCCAUAUGGGGGGGUGCUGGGUGAAAUAGAGGGUGGUUUUCAGUGCUGGGGGGGGGUGAGGAGGCACGGAUCUGUGUGGGGAGGUUUAACCCUGUGUGGCAACGCAGAUCAGUGCUUGGGGCGGAUCCAUGGUGGGAAGGUUGAUGGAAAGUGCAGCAGAUGGGGAUAAGUGGAGGUGGCUGCAAAACUCUGUUCUCUCCUGGUGCUGUGCAUCCAUAGGUGGCUUCCCAAGAGGCAGUUCCUGUGUGUGCCUAGGGAAAAUACAAGGCUUGGCUUCAGCAUGCGCCCAGGAAGGGGUGGAUGAUAGAAUCAUUUAGGUUGGAAAAGACCACAAAGGUCCCCAAGUCCAACUGCACCCUCUGUGCCCACUGACUGUUCCUUGGCACCCCAUCUCUGUGGUUAUUGCACACCUCCAGGCUGUUUCCUUUGAGCAGCAGCCUCUGUCCCUUGUCCAAGGACAGGAAUCACUGAAGCCAAGGAUUUGGCCCAAAGCUCAAUCCAGCCAAGGUGGGGUCAAGGGGAGUUAUUCCUCUACCUUUAGUUACCAACUCAUUUCCAGUUUGACAUCUUUGAGUUGAAUUCACGCUGCUUUUCUUCCAAAGGUGAAAGCAGCGUGGUGAGAGCUGGGUAUGAAUGCAUGUACAGCUUUAUUUCACAGGAAAGCUUCUGAAAACAGAUCAGGACAGCUGGGAGGCUUGCAGGAUUGGAACUUCUGGUGCCACUCAGCAGAUGCCUGGUCCUUUGGGGUCACUGGUCAGGGUGCAGCCUGAACUGCAAUCUGGAGGUGGCUCAGAAAAGGAGGCUGUGUCUUCCAGUGAUGUUCCAGUUUCCCUUUUUCCUGCUUGGGCGUGCAUAGGAGAGGCUGCUGGGAAGGGCAAACAACACUAUAAGUGCUGGAGGAAGGAGCUGCAGUUGUAAUAUAUGGAGCCAAAGAGCCUCCAGAAGACCUUGGAGAAGAAUUUGGGCCACCUAACAACCAGCUGAGAGCUGAAGUUUAGUCAAAUGGGAGGCAUAAUACCGGCCUGCUAUUAAUUAUCUCAGCCGUGGUAGAGCUUUUGUGAUAAAUUGCAGGGUGACAGCCCCUAAGUGAUAAAAUAUGGAGGGAGUGGAACGUAAAGGUGGCAGGUGAAGCUUCCUGGGUAGUGUGACUUGAUUUAGAAAGCACUCAGCCACUUAGCAGUGGGCUGGAGGUUAUCCUGGAAGCUCUGCUUCUCCUUUCUUGGCUUUCUUGAGGUGCUGUUUAUACGGUAAUUAUGGCUAAGCAGGCGAUUUCUAGGCAAGAAAUGUGAUCCUGCUACUUAAGCUUGAACGGGGCAAGAUGAUUUAGACUAACAAAACUGUUCAAUAGCAUCCUGAUGCGAGGUUUUAACGGAUCUCCUGUCUUGCUCUUCCAGCAAAGCAUAAUAGAAAGGCCAAUUAUCCAAUUACUCCAGAGAGAUGCUUUGUCUUUGCAGAAGGAAGGAGAAAGAAGAUUUACAGUGUGUAUACCAAAGGAGAAUUCAGCCACAGAUGGGUCUGUGCUACAAGAAGAGCUGGGUUCCACAUACUGCAGUGCGGAGUGUGCUGAUGAGCAGGGAAGGGCAAUCAGCUGGUGAGGGACCAGCUCCCAGCCUGCAAUCACAGCAUGUGCAGACACUGAGCUGCCUGCAUCCCAACCCCUCUGUUUUUUCCUUAAUGCCUAAAGAAACGUGGAUUUAUUUCUCAUUUGGUUUGACUUCAUAUGCUGGGCAUGUGCAUGCAGCCCUGCCUUCUGCCUACAGGUCUAUGUGGUUAGUUUGGCUGUGUGACCCCAGCCUAGGUUAUGAGCCAAGCACUCACUGGGUCAGAGGUUGAUAUUGCUUUUAUUGAGCACUCAUGCAGCUCGUGACCACGAAGGCUCAUCUAGGAGCAGGGAGAUGCUCUACAGACCUUUCUUGCAAGGACUCACUGCAAAAGCUGUGUGCUCACAUCGUGCAACAAACCCUUUUCCUUUCCUCUGAAGAUGAUCCUGGUCUUUGACAGUGAGGGAGCAGGCAUCCAAGCUGAAAGUUGCUUUGGUCUCCUGAAUCCAGAGCUCAGAUCCUGAUUGAUGCUCCAUACUUAUUUAAUAAGGGGAGUUUUUUUUCAUUCCUUCUCUUCUCACUCUGUGGCCAUUUCAGUGAUUUGUUUGCCACUGCCCAGAACUUGAGAGUGAAGAAGCAGCUGCUACACAGCCCUGCCUUGCAUGGCUGGUGCUAAAUCAAGCUCUUACCCAGCAGUACUGAGGAAUUUCAGCUUCCUGGUGCAGCAGGAUGCUUUGGGCUGGAAACAGGAGAAAGAGGUGUUGAGUUCAAUGGCAGGAACAAAACCAAGUGUGGGGCAGGGUCACUGAGGUCGAUGACAGCUGUUGGAGCAUGAAGGCUGGCUCCAGGUGUGCCAUCUGCCUGCAAAAGGCAGGAAUCACAUCUGUGCUGGGUAGGGGAGGCUUUAACAUCGCUUUGGGAGCUGCUGGGAAGGAGCACCAGGUGCUUGUGGGUGCAUCUCCAGCCAGGUGUGAGAGGGUUGAUGGCUUCCGCUGUGACAUCUCUUAAGUUCUGCCUCCUGAGAUGAAACCAUAAACAUGGGUGGUGCUCCCCCUGGCCUUACAGCACAUCUGUUGGUGCCUUGAGCACAUGAAGCUGUCGCAUCUGGGAUUCCUUUGCCUUGGCUCUUGGGUUCCUGCUUGGGUUUGUGGCUGGGCAUCAGUUGAGAGAUGUUCUGGCAUGAGUUUCUGUGCUUGUUUCCGGGGCUGAAAUCUCCCUGACUCCCAAAUACUGAAUGUUGGCUUUCAAGCUGAGAGCUCCUUGUUCCCUCCCAGAUGAUUUGGUUCACCUGGGGCUCAAUGCCUCACAAAAAGCUCUACCAAAAACACAUGAAGCUCCCUGGAGCUGAGAUCCUCCUGUAAGAUGGGUGGCUUUGGCUGGUGCCACCUGUGGGUGCCAUUAAUUGGAACAAGCUCAUCAGAGAGGCAUUCAGCAGCUGCAGCAGCAGAGGACAGCCCCAAGGCAUGGCCAGUGCUGCAGCAACGAGGUACUGUGCCUUGUGCUUGGAGUCCUCCCUGGGUGGACAAAAUAGAAAUUAAACCCUUGCAUUGUAAGUCAGCAUGGAAGCUUUGCUUGUCCUCUUAAAGAAAUGAUUACCUUGUCUGUGGCAUCAGAGUUCAUUUAUCAGCUGUUUCAGCAAUGUUAACAAAUGCUACUUGAAGGCGUGCUUUCUGACACUGCCACAAUCAUUCACUGCAGAGUGAGAUGUGUAAGAAAUAGAUGGGCUGUGGUGGUUUGCGAGGGCUGUAAUUUUCAUUUGGGUGACAUUGCAAACCACGCAGCCCAAGUAGGAUGCUGAGAAAGUCCAAGGCAAAAGGCAGCCUCUGCUCCAACCUGGAGCUGAAGCAAUCCCAAAGCCACGAAUGCUGGAGCACACAUCUGUGUUUGUGAUGUGGGUGAAGGUGAACCCCCAAAUUCUUGGCUGGGUCAGUGUGCCUUCUGGCAUAGUACUGCUAGGCUGCUGAGUAUGGUGGUGGUGUUAUAUGGUCGUCAUUCCUAGUGAUGUUUUCUGCUUUGGGGAGCCAGUGCAGCUCCCACAAGGAUGACUGGGCUGUAACAGAGGGCUGUAGGCAGGGCACCCAGGCAGCCCAACAUCCAAGUCCUGUCGGUUGCUCUCCAGGUUCCGUUGGGCUCCAUCUCAUCCCAACGGCUCCCUGCCCUGCUCCUGGCCCCCUGGCUCAUCCAGAGCCGCUGGGGCUGUUUGUGCAGUAGGACUGGGUGCUGCACCAAGUGAAUCCUGCCAGAGGAGCACUAAUUACCUGCCCUAAGGCCGGCUGAGACAUGGCUACCAAUAAGCUCCACCAGUCCGUGGGAUCCUCCAAAAGCCCUGAUGGAUUCCGGAAUGAAGUGGUGGCACCUUGUAACCCAAAGCUGGCCACUGAGGCGGAGGAGCCUGUAACACUGACUCCUUCUGCCUUCCUGAAGGAGAUGUCCCUCACCACGGAGCAGAGGUUGGCCAGCACCCACAGCACACGGCGUCCCCGCAUUGUGCAGCUCCUGGACAUCAGUGACACCUCCUAUCAAAAGUUCUCCUCAGUUGACCUGGAUCAGACCUUGUUCCAGCCUUUCCCAUCCGAGGUGGUGUUCCAGAGCUACGUCCCCUGUGAGGUCUACGAGGUACCCCUGGUUCUGAGGAACAACGACAGGGUUCCUCGGCUGGUGAAGGUCGUCUUGGAGAGCUCGCCUUACUUCAAGCUGAUCAGCCCUGGUGACGUGUGCCGUAAGGUAGCACCUGGCAUGCCUUCCACUUUCCGCAUCCUUUUCACCCCUGAGGAGAACAAGGACUACUUCCACCAGCUCACCUGCAUCACAGAGAGGGAGAAGUUCGUGGUGCCCAUCCGAGCCAUAGGAGCCCGAGCUAUCCUGGACUUCCCCGACCAGCUCAACUUCUCAGUCUGUCCAGUCAAGCACAGCACCCAGAAAACUCUGCUGGUUCGCAACGUUGGCAACCGUGAGGCUCAUUACCACAUCAGCACCCACAGCCCUUUCUCUGUUGAUCCUUCCAUUGGGACCCUUGGGAUUGGUGACACCGUGCAAGUAACAGUGGAGUUCCACCCACUGAAGACUGGGGACCACGGCGGGUCCCUGGUGGUUCACUAUGACACAGGCGAAGAUGUUCUCACAAGCCUGUAUGGAGCGGCGGUGGAUGUCAACAUCAGGCUGGACAGGAACUCCUUGAUGAUUGCAAAGACUUACCUCACGCUGGCAAACCACAGAUCUGUAGUCAUCCACAACCGCAGUGAGAUCAUAGCCCACUUCCAAUGGAAGGCUUUUGUUACUCAGGAAGAGGAGGAUCAGCAGAAGCUGAGGCUGUGUCACAGGCUGCGGAGGCAGGAGGAGGAUGAGAUGGAUCGCUUUGUUGAUGAGUGCAUGGUGGAUCCCUCUCUGCAGGAACGCCUCUCCGUUCUGUCCCGUGUCUUCCAGAACCACCGUGCAAAAGUGCAGGGAGACUCCAUGCUCUUCUCCGAUGACAUCUUUGCCAUCGAGCCAGUGGAAGGAGACGUCUGGCCAAAUUCUUCGGCUGAAAUAAACGUGAUCUUUAAACCCCGAGAAGCCAGGCUCUAUCAGCAGACCGUCUACUGCGACAUCUCAGGCCGUGAGACCAGGCUGCCCCUGCGCAUCAGAGGGGAAGGAGAAGGGCCCCGGCUGCGCUUCAGCUUUGACCAGCUGGACAUCGGGAAGGUGUUUGUGGGCUCAGCCCACAGCUACGAGGCGAUCCUGUUUAACAAAGGAGCCAUCGAUGCUCUCUUCCACGUGGUGCCUCCAAGCACAGCGCUGGGCUCCUGCUUUGCCUUCCUUCCCCACGAGGGCCUGGUCCCACCGGGGGGCUUGCAGCACAUCCGCAUCUCCUUCUGCUCCACCAUCCUGGGGCAGUUCACCGAGGAGCUUGGGGUCAGCGUGCACGGCUGUCCCCAGCCCGUCACCUUGACUGUCAGAGGCUGUGUCAUCGGACCGACCUUCCACUUUGACGUACCUUCCCUCCACUUUGGCGACGUCCCCUUUGGUUUUCCCCACACCUUGUCGUGCCGCCUCAGUAACACCUCCUUGGUGCCCAUGACGUUCAGCCUCCGCGUUCCUGGGGACGGCUCCGGAGCCCCCAGUGUGAGCAGCUCUGCCCAGGUGUUGGACAACACUCUUCUCUCCUGGAGGAUGGGGCUUCCAGCUCACCCCAAACCCACCGAAUUCACCGUGAUGCCCUGCAGAGGGACCAUUCGUGCCCAGGGGACACAGGACGUGCAGGUCACCCUGUGCUCCAACACAGUGAAACAGUACGAGAUGGCACUGGUGGUGGAUGUGGACGGUGUUGGCAAGGAGGUGCUGGCACUUCUUCUUACAGCCAGAUGCGUGGUUCCCCCACUGCGGGUGCUCAGCCCCGUGGUGCCCUUUGGGCGCUGCUUCCUCCAGCAUCCCUACCAGCGGGCGCUGACCCUGGUGAACGACGGCGAUGUUCCUGGUUGCUACGGGCUCCUGCCACAGGAGCACCCAGAGUGUGCUGCUGUGCAGUACUCCAGCCCCGCGCCCUGUGGGAUCAUCCAGCCCCACAGCUCGGUGCAGGUGCUGGUGACACUGCGGGCCCAGGUGACCGGCAAGCAGCUGACGGUGGCUUCGGUCGCGGUGUUUGGAAGAGAGGAAUCCCCGCUGGAAAUCCAUUUAGUGAGCACUGGAGAAGGCCCAGUUGUCUACGUGCAACCAAGUAAGCUGAAUUUCGGCCGUAUCCCAGUUCUGCAAGAUGUUUCCCAAACUCUGCACCUCUUCAACCAGGCUGUCAUCCCUGCAUCAUUCUGGACAGAGAUGGACAGCAAAGAUUCAUGCUGGAGGGUUGAACCCUAUCAAGGCGUCAUCCCCCCUGAGACUGAGGUGUCGGUGGCUGUCAUAGCCAACCUGGACGACACCAAGAAAUUCCAGGACAACGUGAACAUCUUCAUAGAGAGCAGCAGCACCUACAUGAUCCCCGUCCGGGCUGUUGGCAUCGGCACCACCAUCGUCACUGAUAAACCCUUUGCACCAGAGCUCAACCUGGGGCCACACUUCAGCCUGAGUUCCUGCUCUUAUCACUUCAAGAUAACGAACAGGGGAAGGCGCACCCACCUGCUCUACUGGACCAUAGAAGGCUUCACCCCGCUCCACCAGCGCAGUCGCCUCCCAGCUGUGGGUGACACCAAGGACAGCCCCCCCCAGGGCCCCGUGUUCAGGCUUUGGCCGCUGAGGUUGGAGCUGAUGCCGGGCAGGACGAUGGAGAUGACACUGGAAGGCUUCUCCAGCACUCCAAGGGUGGUGACGGAGCGGCUGCUGUGCCAUGCCAUCAUAGGCAGCAAGGCAGGGAAGACCCAGAUCAUGCAGGUGGACAUCACAUGCGAGUUCAUUGCCCCUGUCCUGCAGCUCUCCUCCAGGGAAAUCACUUUCCGUGUGGAGAAGCAACCCAGCGAUGUCCUAACUGCUCAGCACAAACCUCUGCACUUGAAGAACAUCUCCUCCCUGCCACUCAGUGUGGUGCUGUUCAUGGAGCAGCCCUUCUUGCUCUGCAACGCAGAGCAGCAGCCUCUCUCCAGGGACACCCAGCCACUAAAGCUGAAGACUGGGGAGGAACUUCACCUCUCCAUCAGAUUUAACCCCGCUUACGAAGAGGGUUUGAACAUCCGGGUAGCAGAGCGGGCUCUGAAAAUACAAUAUCUCGAGCACCCUCUUGAGGAGCACGUUGCCGUUCGGGGGGAAGUCUACUUCCCAAAUCUUCACAUGGGGACCACGGCCGUGGACUUUGGCUGCAUCUUGAACGACACCGAGGACGUGCGUUACGUUGAGAUGACCAACUGCAGCCCGCUGCUCGUGCGGUACCGCUGGUCGUUCCUGGCAGGCAGCCGUGUGAGCCAGAUGAGAUUCAGUCCUCCAGUACCUAAAUAUUUCAUCAAACCCCAACCAAAGAAAGAAGAAGGAGCCCCAAUGGAGCCCUUGGCAUCAGCAAGCAGCAGCAGCCAUGAUAUGGACAUGAAGGAGCCAGACCAAGCAGUGGGAGCAGCAGGAGAACCUUCCCCAGAGCCAGCAGAUGCAGAUGGACCCCUGGAGACAGAGCUGCUACCACCUGCUGUCCAGGAACUGGAGAGUGCUGCAGAGAUGGUGAGUGCUGCAGAGACUCGGAGCCUGGUGGAGACCAAGGAACCGAUGGAGUUUGUGGAGAACGAGCCCCUUGCCUUGGGUGUGGAGGAGGUUUUUGACAUCCUGCCACUAUAUGGCGAGCUGCAGCCAGGCGAGAGCCAGCAGGUCACCUUCACUUUCUUUGGCCAUGCCAACCUGGUGGUCCACAUCACGGCACUGUGUGAGGUGCAGGGGGGUCCAACCUACGAGGUGAUGCUCAGCGGGGAGGCCUCAGUCAUCAGCUACCUCCUCGAUGUCACAGAGAUCGACUGGGGGCUGCAGCUGUUUAAUGAAGUUGCUGAAGCAGAGCUCACCCUGCAGAACAGUGGCAAGGUGGGAUUCCAGUACCAGGUGAUGAGCCCCAGCGACUGCCCUCUGCCUGGCGUGCCCCUGGUGCUGCCCAGCACGGGUUAUGUUGGACCUAGCCAGGAGCAGGUGCUGAAGGUCUACUACCUACCAGGAGUACCUGGAGCCUUCUGCAGGACUUUCCAGAUCCAAGUGGGGCACUUGGAGCCAGAAACCAUCACUCUGAAAGGGGAGGGGAGCUUUCCCAGGAUCUGCUUGGAUCUGCCCAGGAAUAUCAGAGGAAAUGAAAAAUAUGAGAAGAUCCUUCAGGAGGCAAAAGAGAAGGUGGAGAAAGAGAGCCAGAAAGAUGAAGUAGUUGUUGCUGGGGAGGCCACAGCCACUGAGACACCCGUGGAUGACUUGGAUACAGUGUUGGACAUUCGGCUGCAGAUGCAAAUGGAAGAGAUGCUGGUAGAGGAACACGCCUUGGAGCAGCAGGUCUCUUGUCUCCCAGAGGACUUUGUCUUUGACCAGCGAGCUCUUCAGAGGCUUCUCAGGGUGCAGCUGCCUGAGUACGUCCUGGACUUUGGCUAUGUCAUUCUUGGUAACAUCCAUACACACAUUGUGAAGGUCACCAACACUGGGCAGCUGCCUGUGUCCUUCUGUGCAGACGGACGUGUCCUGCGUGACACAGGUUUCACUGUGGAGCUGGACCGUGUGACAAACCUGCCAUACUGCGAGACCGAGACGUUCGAGGUGCGCUUCGACCCGCAGAGUGCCAACGUGCCACUGGGAGCAGCAGAUGUGCUGCUGCCCAUCAAGGUCACAGGAGGCCCCACGUUUCACCUCUGCCUUCGUGCCUGCGUGACUAUGCCAUCCCUCUGCAUCUCCAGGGACAGCCUGGAGUUCUCCACUGUCCAGUGUGGGCAGUGUCAGGAGGAAACCAUUCAGCUCUACAAUCAGUUCCAGGUGCCCUGUAAAUGGUUCAUUACCUUGAAGGAGCCUGUUAAGAAGGUGGAUAAAUAUUUGCCAGCAAGCGUGCGACGGAAACUGCAGCAGGAGCUGAAGGCCAAGCCCUGCGUCUUCGAGGUGCUGCCCUUGGCUGGGGACCUCGCCCAAGGGCAACGAUGCAACGUGAGGGUCAGGUUUACACCCACUGAAGAGAGAUCCUACAGAUGCGAGCUGAAGAUUAACAUUUGCCAAAGCAGCCGACCUCUCCAGCUGCAAAUGUCAGGGUAUGGGCUGGAGCCACGACUGGAGUUCGACCCCCCACUGCUUGAGCUGGGACCUCUGCUGCCAUACAGCAGUGGAGCAACAGGGACAGUGGUGGUGAAGAACCCAUGCGAGUUCCCCAUUGAGUUUUACUCACUGGAGUUUGACCAGCAGUACCUUGCUGAGGAGCAGAUCCUGCGGAUGCUGAAGGACUAUGAUUGCCGCAAUAUCCUAUUGCUGCCUCCUCGUGCCCCGGGUGAGAAGCUGCCCCCGGAGGUGCUGGAAUACUACCAGGACCAGAAGAGGCUGCAGGAUGAGCAAGCCAAAUCCAGGACUGGGGAUCCAGCAGGCCAGGACAAUGCCAGUGGUGAAGAUGUCCAGUUGCUCUUGGAUCAGGGAGGAAAGCACUCUGCUGAGAUCAUUCAUACCCUCUCAUCUCAUUACUCUGUCAUUCCUCCCUCCACUUCUGAUGAAAGCCAGUCCAACAAGGUGGACUCUAAAUCUGAAAGGGGAGAAGAAGAGGAGGAAGAUCUUGAGAAAAGACACGGAGCAGAGCAUCAGCGGAGCACCGGCAGCAGCAAGGAGGCUACAGGAGAACUGGAUGACAGCCCUGUGCUCAGAGCCAUCGCCCGCCACCUGGGCAUCGAUAUCUCUCCUGAGAGCCGUGAGGCCCAAAACCGACAAGGAAUCGCCAUCAUCAUCCACGGGGCACCCCUGACUGGAAAGACAUCGGUCGCAGUCGCCCUCUCCAGGCAUUAUGGCACAGCCUGCUUGUCCAUCGACUCGCUGGUGAUGGAGGCCAUCUCUGAGAGGAGCAGCUCAGCUGGGCUCCGUGCGUGGGAGCUGUGCCUCAGGGCUGCCAUAGAGCAGGGCCACAAGGAGACGGAGGAUGCUGGUCAAAGCACAGACCCAUCCGCCCCUCAGCUCGGCGCUGAGCCCAGGCACAGCCUGGACAUGAGCCAGUCCAGCUCUGGGGAAAAGACCAGCCUGCACUCCGUCAGCUCCCGCAGCCGGGCGAGUGCAGCAACAGGCAGGAGGAGAUCAGACAACCAUGCAUCCCAGUCCCAGAAACUGCAGUUCGUGGACCCAGCAGGCUCACAGUGCUCCUCCAGUUGUCAUCGCCUCUCGCUGUUUCCCUGCAUCCCCACUCAGCAGUGGCUGAGCACUGAAGGGAGCACAGCAGGAGAGACGGGCUUGAUGAGCUGCGUGCUGCCCGAGGACGUGCUGGGAGCCAUCCUGUCAGAGAGGCUGCAGCUGAGUGACUGCUACCAGGGAGUGGUCUUUGAUGGCCUGGAGACCCUCUUUGCACGCAGCAUGGCAUCUGCUCUCCUCUGCCUGCUCAAAGCUGUCAACAACCGUCCUCACAUCUAUUUUGUGAACCUGUUCCAGGACUAUGCCUCUUGGAAAGCCAAAGAGAUGGCUGCAAAAGAGCAGGAAGAACGGGAGCAGGAAGAAGUUGCCAGGAGGGAGAAAGCACGCCUGCUGGAGAUGGAUGAGGAGGAGUAUGAUGCCCUCACUGAGGAGCAGAAAGCUCAGUUUGAUGACCAUAUACUACAAGUCCAGCGUGAGAGGAAGAGGAGGAGGAUGGAGCAGCUGGCUCGAGAACUUGAGGAAAGGCAGAGGCAGGAACUAGAGCGCUUGAAGGAGGAGGAAGAGCGGAGGAAGAAGUCUAAGCGGGGAAGGAGAGAGCUUGGAAAAGAAAAAGACAGUGUCCUGGGGAAGAGAAGCCAGCCUGGAGGCAGACAGGAUGCCACCGCAUCCACCAGCAACACCAACGCAUCCACCAGCAACCGCUCAGACACCAGCGAUGGGGUGGACAAAAAGGGAUCUACAAAGGAGCACCCAGACUCUGCUGUAGGUGACAAGGAUGAGAAGAAGAAGUGUAACAAGGUCCCCCCGACGAAUGCCAGCCCAGCAGCGCCCAUGCAACCCAGCACCACGGAGCAGGAGGAAGCCAAGGAGAAGACACUGAGCGAUAGUGAAAAGAUCUUGGCCAUGAGAUUUAAGAUCUAUGAGGCAUCGCAGAAAGAUAUCACGCAUAUUUUAUCAAACUGGGACAGGGUUCAGGGCGUUCUGGUGUCCUCUUGGAGCCAGGAGGAGGUGUGGCAGAGGACAGAAGAGCAGAGCAAGCAUUUAUCCAGACACAAAAGCAGGAGGGAGAGGGAGAAGGAGCGGCAGGAGAAGGAACGCCUGGAGAAGGAGCGGCAGGAGAAACUGAAGGCUCUCGAGGAAUCCCAAGCACAGGCAGGGGAAGGUGCAGAAGGGUCAGCAAAAGGCCAGAGUGUCGGGGUGCCUUGCUUGGAUAUCCAGGUGCUGGACACAGAGGAUGCUAUUGGGAAGAUCCUGGAGAGUGGAAAGCUGCCCCCCGCAGAGCAGAUCCUGGAUAGCCUGGGUCUGGGGCCCUCAGGGCCUCCCAUUCCUCCUACUGCAUUCUACUCUGUGAUCCACUACCCAGAGAAGCGAGCGGCCCCAGCAGGAGAAGCCCUCAAGCACUUCAUCUUCAUAAUGCCAGAAGGUGCGGUGGAAGAAGAAGAAAAGAAGGAAUCUGAAAGUCUUGUGGAUGUCCCCAUCACUCCUACCAUGAAGGUGUCAGAGGAGCAGCUCACCCCCACCAGAGGGAAAGCGAGGAAGGAAAAAACUGAGGGCAGCAAGGAGGUCAAGAAAGAGAAGCGGAGCUCUGCCCGGAGCAAGAAAAAUCUCCAUGGGACGGGCACAGGAACAUCAACACAUCCUGCUGAUGUGGAGCAAAGCAGCGUGGACGUGGCCCCCUCUCCAGGGAAGCCCAUCAGGCUGAGCAGCCUCCGGUGGAUCGUGCCUGCCCACGGCCAGGUUGAGCUGAAGGUACACUUCACCUCCUCAGUGCCGGGCCAGUUUGACCAGACAAUGAAUUUUGAGGUGCUGGGGACAAAGCGACCGUACCAGCUGCACUGCAGGGGCAUUUGUGUGUACCCCACCAUCAGCCAGGACCCACGGGUGGUGUUUCCUCACCGAAGGAAGAGCAAAGCAGACAAUGACAUCAUUUUCAAGCAGUAUGUCAUGAGCACGGGUGUGUUCCACUUUGGGCCACUGCUCUGUGGGAAGUCCAGAGACUGGUACAAGGCACUGCCUUUCCCCAGCAACUGUGAGAAGAUAACCAUCCUCAACAUCACCCCCUUGGAAGCAGAAGUGCAUUUCUUCUUUGAGCACGAUCUCAAAGCAGACACGUUCAUUUUAGACCCUCCCAGCAUGACGCUGAAACCCAAUGAGAAGCAGGAACUGAGCAUUUGGGCGUACCCCACUUUGCCUGGCCUCGUGGAAGACAAGCUCGUGUGCUGCAUUAAAGACAACCCAGAGCCAGUAGUCUUCCACCUGUGCUGCCACGGGGUGCGGAUGGAGCUGACGGUCAGCCCCAAGCACGUGAACUUUGGGAAGCUGCUGCUGCACAGGAGUGACAGCAAGCAGCUGGUGCUGCGCAACCCCAUGCUGCUGCCUGCAGCCUGGAGGCUCAGCGGGCUGGAGAACCUCGGCGAGGACUUCUCUGUAUCACAAAGUGAAGGCACUGUGGAGCCCUGUGCAGAAUUGGUUGUCUAUCUGUAUUUCAAAGCCACAAAGGCUGUCAACAUUAAGAAGGCCAUCCGUCUGGAGGUCUCAGAUGCAGAAAACAUCCUGGGGAUUGUUCAGAUAGAAAAUAUCCAAAUCCAAGCAGAAGCCUAUGAUGUUGCUCUGAGCAUCACCAUUUCCAAAGGUAUGGAUGGCAACGUGGAUUUUGGAGUCCUUAGGGUGGAGGAUGAUGCAAAGCAAAUGUUAACCCUAAAGAACAAAGGGAAGUAUGAGAUUGCAUACAGCUUCAUGUUGAAAAACGCGGAUACUGACAUUCCAAACUUGGCAUCCCACUUUGCCAUCCAGCCACAGAGAGGGGUGCUGCCUGCCUCUGAGCGCCCUGUACACGUCCAUCUGGUCUUCCACCCGAAGGCAGAAAUAAAUAUUGAGGACAAACCCAUCCUGAAGUGCCAGGUGAUUGAGCCCAGCCUCUGUGAAGGAGGGGAGGCCAUUGCCAUCAUCCCAGUGAAGGUGUCUGCCAAGGCCGUGUUCAGCAAGUACAGCAUCACCCCAGCCUCAUUCAUUGAUUUCGGGACUGUGGUGAAUGGCACCAAGAAAACCUGCAGCUUCAUCCUGGAAAACAGAGGCAGCCUUGACUUCAAAUUCCAAAUCUACAAAGCAGAGCAGGAUGCAUCUGGGUUAAGAAGGAAAAGUGUCAAUCAUGGGAUGUCCGAUGACUCUAAUGAGAAUGAAAGCAUCGACAAAGAGCCCAACUCUGGGAAGGAAAACAGGCAGUCUCUGCAGAAGGACACGAACCCCUUCAUGCAGGCACGCUUGACUCUCGGCAUGUUCACGGUGUACCCUGGCUUUGGCUCCAUCCCUCCUGGGGGCCAGCAGACCAUCACAGUGGAUUGCCAGGCAGAGCCAGUGGGGACAUGCGAGGAGCAUCUAUCAAUCAAUAUCUGUGACAGAGACCCCAAGGACAAUCCUGUUGGCAUCCCCUACACCCUGCUGGCUGAGUCCUGCCUUCCAGCAUUUGUAGUUGAUGACAUAGGUUCCAUCUUUGAGGAGCAUCGUAUCUGCAGCAACACUAACCUCUGCCAGAUCCUGCAGACUGUGCAGGACAAAGGUGUGUUCAUCACAGAUGAGAAUAAGUUCAUCUUCACCAACGUUCUGGUUGGGCACCGGGCCUCAGCCCGCUUCAAGAUCCGCAAUGUGGGCAAAGUCCCCUGUGACGUGGUCCUCUCCAUCAAGCCCAUCUCCACUAAGCAUAACAGCCGCAUCAGUGACGUCUUUGAGGUGGAUCCCAUUCAGAUGUGUGUGCCCAGCCGUUCUCACGCCUUUGCUACAGUGACCUUCAGUCCACAAACGAUGCAGAGCUACCAGUGCACUUUUGAGGCUUGCCUUGAACUCCAGGCAAGCCCAGUGGCAAUUAAAACAGAAAGCCUGACAUUUGAUAUCAGUGGGGAGGGGAACUUGCCUCGGGUGACAGUCCUGCGUCCAGUGCUUCGCAACAAGAGGGGGAACCCUCUGCUCCUCUUCAAGAAACUCUUGCUUGGUGAUUCAGAAAAGCUCCCUCUGGUCCUUCAGAACAAUGGCAUCAUACCUGUCCAGUUGAUGAUAGAUAUGUUGGAUGAAGCGAGAGUUUUCUUCCUGAAAGCCAGGCCCACCACCCACUGCAUCUAUCAGGUUACAGACACAAAGGAGGAUUCUACUGGAGAAGGGAGAAAGCCCCACACUGCUUCCUGUGUCCUACAUCAUGGGGAAUCGGCAGAGUUUGACGUGCUUUUCAAACCCAACCUGCCCCAGCGUGUGGAAGGACAGAUCCACCUGUCUGUGGUGGACAACCCCUAUGAGGAGACCAACAUCCAGCUGGUGGGUGAGGGCUACGAGGAUGAUUUCACACUAGAUAACAUCCACGGACUUGUGGCAGACAGCUUUGAGGAGAAUACUGAAAGCAAUCUGGAGGAGGACAUAAUUGAAGCUGCCAGAGUGGAUCACAUCCAGUUUGGGGACUGUCACAUUGGGAAGCCCUACCAGGUGACCUUCACGAUCACCAACCGCAGCCAGGCGGAGGCGAUGCGGUUCGAGUGGCUGGCAAGCUCCCCCUUCCACUUCUCACCCCAGGUGGGACACCUCCAUGCUGGCUGUGCUAAGGACAUCACAGUGACCUUGAAGUCAGAUGUUGCAGUCACCUGCCAAGCACAGCCUGUGAAGUGUAAGGUGGCCAGGAUCUCCUUCCAGCUGCCAGCAGAGCAGGUCUCUGACUGGGACGACCGCCUGCACACUGUCAAAUGGGUGGAUGCCACCAGGGGGGAGGCAGCUAUGUGGCCAGUCAAGAAGAAGGUGAUCGAGACAGACCCAGAACCAGCUCACACCAUCCUGGAGAACAGCAGCCGCGAAGUGGAACUUCGCCUGAGCGCUGUCAUUGAUUAUGCUGACUUCCAGUUGGAUGUGGACACGAUUCAGUUCAAGGAGACCUUGCUGUUCCAGACGAGGAGAUUCCCUUUCCAGCUGUCCAAUACAGGGAAUGUGUCCCUGGAGUACACCUGGAUGGCAGACGUGGGGGGUGAGAGAGCAGAGAGCCCAGCUGGGGAGCUGCUCCCAUCCAGGCUGGAAGGGCGUUGCCUUUCCUCCAUGCCUGUUGCCUCUGUGAAGCUCCCAUUCGGCCGGCUGGGCCAUGCCCUAGAGCACACCUCAUCCACCCUGAGCUCACCCGCAAGCCUUGGCCAUGCCACCCCACUGUUCUCUGUUGAGCCUCCCAGCGGCACCAUCCCUGCUGGCCAGGAGCAGCUCUUCCAGAUGAAGUUCUCUCCAGUGUAUGUGGGGAAUUUUAAGAGCUGCAUGGUCUGCAGCAUUCCUAACCUGAAACCAAAUCAGAAGGGCCCAAAGGUGGUUGUGAAGGGGAAAAGCCAGAUGCCACAUUGCCACUUUGAACUGGAGGAUUCUGACUACAUCACUGCAAAGAGGCGCAAACCGGAGCUGCCGGAGCCCAGAGGGGCAGUGCUAGAUCUGAAGACCAAAGUAAUCGAGUUUGUAGCAACUGGGGUUGGCAGCAGGAACAGCAGGACCUUCAAGGUGAUGAACCCAACCAGUUCUGCAUACUCCUUCCAGUGGACAUGCCAGGACCCUGAAGCCCCACCAGGACAGAGAGCUUUCUUCUGCCUCACAGAGAGAGGGCAGAUCCAGCCUGGGAAGAAAGCAGAGAUCAAGUUUGAAUUCAUCCCCCGACAUCUGGACAUCACCGAGUCCUUCUGGGUCUUUACAAUCCCUGAGAAGAGCGUUUCAGUCCUGUUCCUGCUGGUGGGACACAGCACUGAACCACUAGUGACUCUGGACAGGUCCCACCUGAACCUCCUUUUGCUGUUACUUGGGCACAAAGUACAGCAGACCAUCUAUAUGAUCAACAGCGAGAAGGAGGCUUUCGCCUUUGCUUUCAGAGAAAGCUCUCUCUUCUCAGAGGGAUGCAGCACCUCGGUGAAAGUAGAGCCCAUGGCAGGCUCCAUUGCUCCCCUUUCAAGAUUUCCCAUUACAAUUGCCUUCACACCGACACUAGAAGGAGAGGUGGUCUUCAACCUCAAAUGCGAUGUCAAGAGGAAGACGGAGCCUCUCUCCCUGAAUAUCAAGGCCACUGGCUACACCAUGAGUGUGUCUGUCAGGUGUGAGAACAGCGAUGGUGGUGUAACUGAGCUCAGUGCACAGGAGGUCAACGUCAUUGACUUCGAGGAGGUGCAGCUGAAUGAGAGCACCCGGCGCACCUUCAGCAUCUACAACAAUGGCAAGUUCAGCUUCACCUUCUCAUGGGAGCUGAGCGGCCCCACAGCCCGGGUGCAGCUCCUGUCCCUCAGCCCUCGGACAGGCAGUGUGCAUGCUGAGGGUAAGGUGGACACCCAGCUGGUUUUUCACCCUCGGAAAAUGUGCACAUUAAAGGACGUAGAGCUGACACUGCAGAUCAGCAAGGGUCCUACGUUUACCUGCGUGUUCCUGGCCACUGUGGUAGUGCCCACUGUCCACUUCUCAACCACAAGACUCAACUUCGGAGCCUGCUUCAUCUACCAGGCUGGGAUGGCACCUGCACGGCAGACUCUUGCCAUCACAAACAAAGCAGACAAAGAUGUCAGUUUGAGCUGCUUGUUCACCAACACCAUGCACCUGGAGGUGGACUUCCCAGGGUACAUCCUUCACCCAGGAGGGACGGUGGAGGUGCCCAUCACUUUCUAUCCCAGAGAAGCUGCAUCUUACCAUGAGCUCAUUCCUUUUGAAAUCAAUGGUCUUUGUCAACAGACUGUUGAGGUCCAAGGAAAGGGUGCAGAAAUGAAGGUGGACAUUGUGGAACCUCAAGGGAAGGUGGUGAAGCUGGGAGCCCUCUCUGUGGGACAGACGGUGAAGAAGAUUGUCAUCAUAGCAAACAAUAGUGUUGCCCCUCUCACUUUUAAGCUCUGUUUCAUGCCCACUGUACCAGAACUGCAAGAAGAUGGGGUUCUUUGCUUGCACCCCAACAGAGAACUAAGUUUGAAGCCCAAAGGAGACACCUGUAAAGUGGAGGUGAUCUUCUCCCCAGAGCGCCGCAUUCAGCCGUUCACUGAGGAAGUGAUGCUGGAGAGCAGCGGGCUGCUGCGCUCCCUGUUCAUGGUGCAGGGCUCCUGCCAGGGGAUCUGUGUCAGCUUGGACGAGGAGUACCUCAGCUUUGGAGCAGUGGUGCAGCAGAGCUGCACGUCCCAGCGCAUCACCAUGCAGAACACGGGCGACACUGGAGUCAAGUUCAAGUGGGACGUCAAGAGCUUCAAGCCAGAUUUCUCCAUCAGCCCCACAAAGGGUUACAUCUCCCCAGGAAUGGAUGUCCCCUUCGUGGUGAGCUUCCACCCGUCGAAGCUGAGCCCCACUAUCCAGUAUGAGGGGCUGCAGUGCUUCAUCCAGGGCAGUGAGCCACUCUGCCUUACUCUGGCAGGGUGCUGCAUGGAGACCCCUGUCAUCAAAGAGACCUUGAUUUUUUCAUGCCAUGUGCGUGAGAAGCACAGCCAGACCAUCCUCCUGUCCAACCCAAGCAAUGAGCCCUGGGCUGUGAAACCUGUCAUUGAGGGUGAUCACUGGAAAGGACUUGAAUGCAUCCAUCUUGAUGGCAAUCAACAAGACAAGCCAUACAAGAUCACCUACAAGCCCCUAACCAUGAGCUCUGAGAAAAAAAAGCAUCAGGGCUCCAUCUUCUUCCCAUUGCCAGAUGGGACAGGCUUGUACUACCUCCUGCAAGGGUCUGCUGAGGACCCAAAGUGCUCAGGGACCAUUGUUCGGGAGGUUCCAUGCAGGACUCCCUACACUGAGCUCCUCCCCGUCUCCAACUGGCUGAACAAACCGCAGAGGUUCCUUGUGGUAAUGGAAAUACUCAAACCAGAGGACAUGGAACAUAGUUCUGUGCUGCAUGGGCUGGAAUACAUUGAUGUGCCUGGCUCCAGCAAGAAGGACUACAAGCUCACAUUCUUCUCCUACAAGGAAGGAGUCUUUAGCACAGUGGUGACCUUCCUCAAUGAGGUGACCAAGGAAUACUUGUUUUACAUGAUCACCUUCAAGGCCACUGCUUCAGGACCCAUUGGCACUGUCGAAGUGAGCGCCGCUGUCCGGCAGAACGUGUCUUCCACCAUCAAGGUGGACAACCCUCUUGCUGCCCCAGUGGUGUUUGACGUAGAUUGCAAAGUGCCUGACAUCACUGUUCCCCCACAUUUCACUGUUCCUGCUCAUUCAGAGGCCAAUCUUGUCUUUGAGUACCAGCCUUUGAAGGUAGGUGAGAGCACUGGGCGCCUGAUGCUCCAUAGCAGUAAUUUGGGCUCAUUCUACUACGAGUUGAUCCUGAAAGCCACAGUUAGCAAGCCGGAGAAGCCACUGUACUUCUGCACUAUGCUGGGCUCUAACCAGACCAUCACCACCAAGAUCAUGAAUUACAACCGCCAAAAGACAGAAUACAUCCUCCAGACUGACUGUGCUGAUUUCCAGACGGAGAAGACCAUCAGCAUGCCUCCCGCCUGCCUGGGGGGCUCGGAGGUGAGCGUGGAGGUGAUCUAUGAGCCCUGCCAGCUGGGCGAGUCCCGGGCCACCCUGCAGCUCCUGGGCCCUUCAGGCAGGGAAUACAGCAUCCCGCUCUUCGGCCUCGCCCUGCCCCCCAGGCCGCAGGGCCCCUUCCUCAUCAAGGCCGGUGGCAGCACCUCCAUCCCCUUCAAGAACAUCUUCCCCCAGCCCACAGCCUUCAGGUACAACGUGGAGAACCCAGCCUUCACCGUGAGAGCCACCGAGACCCUGCGCCCCAAGAAGACCAUCUUCAUGGCUGUCUCCUUCGAGGGCAGCCCGGAUGGCACCAAGACCCCCGUCAGCAGCCGGCUGGUGGUCUCCUGCGCCCGAACGGAUGGCCUGGGAGCGGGCAUCUCCUGGGUGUUCUACCUGCAGGGGCUGCCCCUCGAGAAGUGAUGGGGUCGGAGGUGUCUCCCAUGGGCACGGCGCCGGCUGAGGGGGCUCGUGGUGCUAUGGUGGGGGUCUGUGUCACGGCUUGGAAUAAAGGCAUGGG